GCUUUUGUUUACAAUAGCAACCAGUAUGAAAGACGUAGUUAGCAAGCUAGCUGGAGCUUGACAUUUAGUCGUUUUGUAAUAUUGGUUGCUGUUGGGUUGCUUCGUUAUCUGCGUGUUUAAAAUGGAUUCUGCUAGUCUUUAUUACUCUUUAGAUUUAGUGUCAGGCGCGGGUUUAACACUGAGCAGUGAGCAGAGAACAGCGCUGCAGACGUCGCUUGUUAUUGUGCAGAAGAACUACAGAUUCAAGCGUGUUUUAUUUUGGGGAAAGAUCCUUGGCAUAAAACACGAUUAUUUUAUUGCCCAGGGCGUAACAGAUGAUGAAAUGAAGGAUAAAAAGGCGUUAUACAGUUUUGAUUGCAUGGAAUGGCACCUACUGCCACCACCCACGGAGGAGAUGGUUGCCGAGGUCGGUGUGGCUGCAAGUGGCCGAUUCAUGGGAGAUCCCUCACAUGAGUAUGAGCACCAUGAGAUGAGGAAGAACGGGGACGAGGCAAUGGAAGAAGUUACGGUAAAGCUGAGCGAAGAGAAACGUGUGGCCGCAACCGUGUUUAACAUUGAUCAAGAGGUGUCCGUGGUCCCCCGGGGGGCGUACAUCAAAAGUCCACAUGGGACUGUGCAGAAGAACCGCAGCUUUGAGGGUCUGUCCUUCAGCGAAGCUGGGAAGCUGAGCAGCUACCUGCAUUUCAGCGAGCCCAAGAAGCAGAGGAAGCUGUCCAUCAUGGAGAUGGCUGAAUCAGACCCCUGCAAAGACUUCCUGGACCCGCUGAGCGAAGACAUCCCCAAAGGCAUGUGGAGUAUCCAGUUUGAGCGGGGCAGCAGUGCGUGCGUGCUGCGCUCUCUGCUGUGGCUGGGUCUCAGCUUCUACCACAUACCAGGCACUCCCCAACACGGCUACAUUUACAUGGGCACAGGCAUCAAGAACCUGGACCUGCCCUUCAUGCUCUAACCUCAACCAACAACGACAUACAAACAGUAACAAAUUCAUAACAGGAUGCACGCUGAGCGAGGUGGAUAAAGGUUAUCAUUUCUCUGACAACUUAUUUUAUUUACAUUGAAUAAUAAAGAUGACAUAAGAGA